GCUAGCGGACUCUACGGUUUAUAGAUCAGCAGGGUACCGCUGCGGAGUAGGGGGUGUGUUUGUUUGUUUUAUGGUUUUGUCAAUGAAAGGACUGUAUAUUAACCUGGUUACAUAAAUUUAGCAGGUCCUAUUCGUUGUUAGCUCCGUUAAUACUUCAUACUGUAGAUGGAAUAAGUUGUCAUGGUAUCCAAAAUAUAUAAGGGUUGCAUUGCAGCUAGUUAGCAAUGCUAGGCUAGGCUAGGCUAGGCAAGCUUGGACACUUAGUCAUAUCACAUCAGUAACACAACGUUAGUCAUUAGGUACAGAAGUAUCGGCUCUUUUACUAACACUGGUUACUGUUUCUGCCAGCUGGUUAACUAGCUAGCUAGCAACCUCACUAACAAUUGGAUUCUCCUGGAAAUGGUAGUCGCCCUCAUGUGCCCAUGGAGAAGGAGGCCUUCGAGGGAUGGCUGGAGUCGGUCUCCACCUCCUUCUUGGCACUGAAUGACCAGCAGCGCAAUCAGCUGCUGGACCACCUGAUCUCUCUGAGUGGUGCUGCUCAACUCCGGCACCUUUCCAAUGGACUGGAGGUUCUGCUGAAGCGUGAUUUCCUGCGCCUCCUACCCCUGGAGCUGGCCUUCUACCUGCUGCGCUGGCUUGACCCACAGACUUUGCUGACUUGCUGCCUGGUGUGCAAGCAAUGGAACAAAGUAGUCAACACCUGCACAGAAGUGUGGCAAGGUGUGUGCAGUGACCUUGGCUGGCGAAUCGAUGACUCUAUCCAGGAUGCUGGCCACUGGAAACGCGUCUACCUGAAGGCCCAGCGUCGCAUGAAACAGCUGAGAGAGGAGGAUGCGUUCGAGACAAGCUCCUUGAUUGGCCACAGCGCUCGGGUGUAUGCCUUAUACUACAAAGAUGGCCUCCUCUGCACAGGCUCCGAUGACCUGUCAGCUAAACUGUGGGAUGUCCGUACUGGCCAGUGUAUCUACGGCAUCCAGACACACACCUGUGCGGCUGUGAAGUUUGAUGAGCAAAAACUAGUGACUGGGUCUUUUGAUAACACAAUUGCAUGCUGGGAAUGGAGCACAGGCGCCAAGAUCCAGCAGUUCCGUGGACACACUGGUGCAGUGUUCAGCGUAGACUACAAUGAUGAGUUGGACACGCUGGUCAGCGGUUCUGCAGACUUUACUGUCAAAGUGUGGGCUCUGUCAGCUGGAGCAUGUCUCAACACACUCACUGGGCACACUGAGUGGGUCACUAAGGUUCUCCUUCAGAAAAGCCAAGUGGAGUCCAUGAUGCACAGUCCUGGUGACUACAUCUUACUGAGCUCGGAUAAAUAUGAAAUCAAGGUGUGGCCUAUAGGGCGAGAGAUCAACUGUAAGUGCUUGAAGACUCUGUCUGUGUCUGAGGAUCGCAGUGUGUGUCUGCAGCCCCGUCUACAGUUCGACGGUCGCUACAUCGUCUGCAGUUCAGACCUCGGCGUCUACCAGUGGGACUUUGCCAGCUUUGAUGUGCUAAGAGUUAUCAAACCACAGCAAGACCCAGCCAGUCCCUCUCUUCUCAGCUUUGGUGAGGUGUUUGCUCUGCUGUUUGACAACCACCACUUGUAUGUAAUGGACCUGAGGACUGAAGCGAUUACAGGCCGCUGGCCACUGCCAGCCUACCGCAAAUCCAAAAGAGGCUCCAGUUUCCUGCCAGGCAUCACCUCGUGGCUCAAUGGCUUUGAUGGCAAGAAUGAUGCAGGCCUGGUGUUUGCCACUAGCAUGCCUGAUCAUAGCAUUCAUCUGGUUCUGUGGAAGGAGAACGGCUAAAGUGCUAAACAAGAAUGAGCCAGCUUUAUUGACAACAGGGACGCUAAACAAAAAAGGGUGCUCUUGAUUUCAAAAACCUGCAGCUUAGAUAUUGCAUGGACCAAAGUCUUUAUUUCUUCUCAGUUUCAGCUGUUUGCUUUUAGGUUCAAAAACAACAUUUUUUUUUUCAGUUGAUCAAGUAAAGAAAAUGUUCCUGCACAUUUUGGCAUUUAUUUUGAAGUGCGGUAUGCAGAUAGCAAGUAGUUCCUUGAAGAUGCUGGUUGGGUCGAACCUGUUUUUUCUGUUUGUUACAAAAAAGUGAAAGUAACUGUGAAUCGAGCACUUGACUGAACAGUAACGUCCUGCUGCAGCACAAUCAUCCAAAUUCAUGAAAACAUGAAAUUCUAAAAUUCUGUGUCUUUUGUAAUUUAUUUGAACCCAGAGUAUUUAGUUGAUUGUACUAAAUUUGGGUUCAGAAUACAGGAUAAGAAGAUUGCCUUAAUUUCUUGGUUUCCUUUUAAGAAGGAAGAAUUUUGCAGAUGGCAUGUCACAUGUAUGGUGUACAUUUUCUAUGUGAUAAACUGCAACUGCAAGCCAUUAAGUUUUACUAAUAUUGACCCGUCAACUUUCACUUGAAAUUAGUCAUGUGCCUUUUCCUUUUAACACUUAAAUGCCUGCAGGUAUGUUAUGAAAGUUGUUGAAGUUAAUUAGUACAAUAUUUACUGGAUUAAAUUCAGUAUGAAAGGUAUAUUUAUUUUUAACUUUAUUUGGAUUAUUUUUAACCCGUAUGUACUCUUACUGUUCUGCAGUGGAUAAUUUGCUUAAAAAUGCACCCCGUGAAUCUCAUUUUUUCUUUUAAACUUCAUUUAAAGUCUAAUUAACUUCAUGAGAAGCUUAAUGUUAUUUUAAAUGGAAUCCUUUAGUUCUACAGGACCCAUAGAUGUACAGAGGAAUUCUCACUUUUUUAACUUGUAUCAAAGUACAUGGACAAACUUUAAUCUAAAACACUUCUGUCUUUUGAUAGCUGUUCUAUAGUCAGGCUUGAUAGUUGGGCUCAGUAUUGCUAGUCUUCUUAGAACAUCAGGGGAAGCCUUUUUGCUUUUAGGGCAUUACCAAUGGAACCUUGGCUAUAACCUCCACAAUGCAUGGUUUUUCACAUCCCAUAUUUAAAAUAUAGACCUCACUGUAACAUUCAAUCAGGCCACUGUAGACCAUAAUGCCAUCAAUUCACAUUCAGCGCAUUUUCUGGUUUGUUGGUUGUAUAUAAUAUGCUGUCUUUCAAAUAAAUGGAAAUAGCUAAGAGACAA